CUGCGUUCAUCCGCCUCCACCAUUUUGAGCUUAACACAUCUUCUGACUAAAUCCUACUUAUUUCAACAAUGACUGACCAGCUUUGCAAACUUUUUGUCGGCGGUCUAAACGUGGACACCGACGACGAUGGCCUGCGGAAGCACUUCGAGCAGUACGGCUCCCUCACCGACUGCGUCGUCGUCGUGAACAAGCAGCUGCAGCGGUCCCGCUGUUUCGGCUUCGUGACCUACUCCUCGCCGGAGGAGGCUGACGCAGCAAUGGCGGCUAGGCCUCACACCGUCGACGGCAACGCGGUCGAGGUGAAGCGGGCCGUGGCGCGAGAAGACGCCAACAAGCCCGAGGCCCUCGCCAAGGUGAAGAAGAUCUUCGUCGGCGGCCUAAAGGACGACAUCGAAGAGGAGCAUCUGAGUGAGUACUUCUCACAGUAUGGCGAAAUCGAGAAGGCCGAAGUCAUCUCGGAGAAGGAGACCGGAAAGAAGCGAGGCUUCGGCUUUGUUUACUUCACCGACCACGACGCGGCAGACAAAGCCGUCGUUGUGAAGUUCCACACGGUCAACGGACACAAGGUCGAAGUGAAGAAAGCCCUGACCAAGCAGGAGAUGCAGGCGGCCGGCAGAACCGGCAUGUCUCCGAGAGGCAGUAGGGGCGGUAGGGGCAUGAGGGGAAAUCAAAAUGGCUACGGCAGGGAAUACGGCGGAGGCUACAACUACGGAAAUGGCGGAGGCUACAACGGUGGUGGAGGCGGCGGUGGCGGCUACGGUGGCUACGGAGCGCCAUAUGGCGGUGGUUACGCAGACCAGAGCAGUGGCUACGGAGGUGGAAACGGCUACAACGAGUUUGGCAGCGGCUACGGCCAGCAUUCUUCUGGUUACGGUCCCAUGAAAGGGCCUCCCUUCGGCGGCCAGAGGAGCGCUGCUCCCUACAACAGAGGUGGCGGCGGCGGAGGUGGCGGCGGCGGUUACCCACGUGGCGGCGGCGGUGGCUAUGGUGGUGGCGGCUACUAACAGCGUCAAAUCAACACAAAUUUGCCCCUCCAGCCAGGAUUUGGACGCCAAAAAUCUAAUCUAAGGGCAGAGAUUACGGACACAGAGACAACCCCCUAAUCACCAGACCUCAAAAACCCAAACAGGUAGGAAGGUCACUUCCCAGAAAAAACCUGAUAAUAACGAGCAGAAGUUUGCCGUUCAACUAGGACACAUUUAAAAAAAAAAAAAAUGAAGAAUAAAAACACAGUGAUCCCUUUUUUUUAUUAUGUAACGUUAUACCCACGCAGACGCGUGUUAGCUGUCGUUUAGAGUUAUGGAUAUUUUUUAUUUGCGUUCACACGUUGUUUCUUUUUGCAAAUUUCGAUGUAGGAUUGUUGCUGAUUUUCCUAAUAUUUGCAUUUUAAGCAAUUAAAGGUUCGUUUUUUUGUUUUUUUUCUGGAGUAAACUUAGUGUGAUUUUCAAUGUAUGAGGAUGAGAAAGCAUGUUUUUGUGGUAAUGGAUUUCAUAGCUUUGUUAUACUGAUAAACAACUUGUAUCUUACUUGGGGUCACAAAGGCGGGAACGUGAUACUGCAGGAUCCAGUUUCCUUGUUUCCUCUCCUCUUCCUCACUCAUAGUGAAUAGUUUCGAUAUAUUGUUCAUUUCUCAUUUACCUGUAGCAAUAUCUAAUGUAUAUUGUAUACUUUCAUGUCUGGAGAACACAACCUACUGUUAACAAAACACUUUUUGGUAUGCUUAUGUAUGUUCAUUUUAAAUAAAACGUUAUACCACUUA